AUGCCUGAAGCAGCCCCACAGAACCCAAACCCCAGAAAGAGGGCAUCUGUGGCCUGCAAUGGAUUCAUAUUCAGACGCCACACCAAUGCAUACAUAACCGCUUUGGAGGCGAGGGUUGCAAGUCUCGAGAAGCAACUUGCCAUGCACGCCAGACAUCCCGAGUCGCCCGACUCGAUGGAUAAUUGUGGUCCCGUCGACGACGAAGCCGCACCACCCACCACGGACCCAUCGCUCAGCCUUGCACCCGUUGACUCAGCAGCGGACGAGAUGGAUGAGCUGACAAACUCCCUUGGAUGCUUCACCCUCGGCGAGAUCGGAGAGCUGCGCUAUUUUGGCGCGUCCAGCAAUUUCUCCAUCAUUUCCAACCACGCUAUCAAGAUCCCCUCAUCACUGCAGGCGAGGAAUCGGGGUAUCGAAGCAGCACGGGCAAUGCCUGGUUUCUUCGAACCCACCGAUCAACUCCGCGACGAGCUUCUCACCAUCUUUUGGAAGUGGCAGAACUCGUGGCAGUACAUCGUCCCGAGAGAACUAUUCGUUCGCGAUUUGUACGUUGAUCAUGCAGGGCGGUACUGCACGCCACUUCUUCUCUCAGCCAUCUUGGCAUACUGCUCAAGGUACUCGCGGAGACUAGAGCUGAGAACGGACCCGGACGACGCAAACACGGCAGGAGAAGCAUUUGCUGCUCAAGCUAAAACAAUGCUGCAUCAUGAGUAUGACGCCCCGACGACAUCAACAGUUCAAGCUGCUGCACUGCUCGGUCUGUACUGGGCGUCCAUCGACAAUGAAGGGUUGGGUUUCAUGUACAUCGGCAUGGCCUCGAGAAUGGUUAUGAAUCUAGGUCUACACUGCGAUUGCUCAUCGUACGCCGUCAAGAGUUUGAUCUCCGAGGAUGAUGUGGAGGCGCGCACGGUUACGUUUUGGGGCAUAUACGUCCUCGACAAACUCUAUUGUCUCGGAAUGGGAAGACCAGCCAGUAUCCAGGAAUACAACAUCACCACAACAAAACCGAAAGGAAACGUCCCACACAGCCCAUUACUAACAGACGACCAACUGGCAUCCACGAGUCCCUACCCUACCUCUCACAUCACCGAAAACGCCAUGUAUACCUGCGAAAUAUUGAUGGUUACAUCUGAAGUCAUUGAUCAAUUAUACGCUCAGAGAUAUGCGUGGACAGAUAAAGAGAGGGAAGAUCGAGUCAUGAAGGCCCACUUGGAAGCUGUGGGGCUGUUUGAUCGACUACCAAAGAGCUUGAAGAUCUCCAACUCUAGUCUGCAGUGCUCUCCCCCAUAUGUCUACCAACUCCAUUUACAAUAUCACCAGGCCAUACUACUGCUCCAUCGACCAUUCUUCCAACUCCUCAACCCUGGCAAGAACUCCAUCUUUUAUGACCCCGAAGGUGGAGACAUCCACUCGCAGUCAGUCAAAAACUCCGCCGUCAGAAUAGCCAGGAUCUUGCAGAUUUUCCGAAAGAACUACACAAUGCAAUGCAUGCCCAUCUCAGCAGUCCACCCCGCCUUCACAGCAUCCAUAAUCCAUCUCCUCCACAUCAAAUCCUCAGGCGACAUUGGAAGGACCGAAGCCAUGCGAUGUCUUAGUAUCUGCAUCGUGUCACUGUACGAGAUGAACGUCAGCUGGAACUGGGCCAAUCGCUCUAUCCGGGCUGUUCAGUCGCUUGCUGCGGAGUGGGAGAUUGAUAUUUGGGCUCAUGGCCUGGCGCAGGAAAUCACAGAGGAGAGUAGGUUGCAGUUUGAGCGGUAUGAGAUGGACGACGUGCCGGUUGCGCGGGUGGAGGAUGUUGGGACUGCGGAGGUCAUUUCUCUUGAUGAUAUUUUUGAGUCGUGGGCGUAUGGGCAGUGUUUUGGAGAAUCGUCUCUUAGUUUCUUCCAUUGA